GUUGAAAAGUACAACUAGGCGAACUAGAGGUGAAUGAUUUAGCUACAAGGAAAUGAAGUAAAGAUUAGAAAUUUAAAAAAUAUAACAAUCGUCGCGUUUUAAAAUCCACCACCACCAGGGAGGCCAUGACGUACAUGUGAUUUGUUGCUCAGUCUGUGAACCAGUCGUCAGGGCUGGGUCUGUGGUCGCAGAGCAGCUGACGCAUUCGCUUCCGCGGAGCGCACACAAACACACACACACGCGCGCGCGCGCGCAGACGCACGCACGCGCGCAACUUGCGAGUGACCGAGGAGCUUGCGGGGACCGGUGCCAUCAGAAACGCAGCAAGAUAACGAGAGGUUUUCCGGAGGCUUGUUACAGCUGGUCGGCCUCCCAGCUGACAGCGAUCCAGGCAUGGACGACAAAUCUUUCACCAAGGAGUUGGACGGAUGGAUCGAGCAGCUGAACGAGUGCAAACAGCUAACAGAGAAUCAGGUCAAAGUCCUGUGUGAAAAGGCUAAGGAAAUUCUGACGAAGGAGUCCAACGUGCAGGAGGUUAGAUGUCCGGUGACGGUGUGUGGGGACGUCCACGGUCAGUUCCAUGACCUGAUGGAGCUGUUUAAGAUCGGAGGGAAGUCUCCAGACACUAACUACCUCUUCAUGGGAGACUAUGUCGACAGAGGCUACUAUUCAGUGGAAACCGUGACUCUCCUGGUUUCUCUGAAGGUAAGGUUUCGCGAAAGAAUCACUAUUCUCAGAGGGAACCACGAAAGCAGACAGAUCACACAAGUCUACGGCUUCUACGACGAGUGCCUGAGGAAAUAUGGAAAUGCCAAUGUUUGGAAGUACUUCACAGACCUGUUUGACUAUCUGCCCCUCACUGCUCUAGUAGAUAACCAGAUUUUCUGCCUCCACGGUGGGUUGUCACCUUCAAUAGACACACUGGAACACAUCAGAGCGCUGGAUCGCUUGCAGGAGGUUCCUCAUGAGGGCCCCAUGUGCGACCUGCUAUGGUCAGACCCAGACGACCGCGGCGGGUGGGGCAUCUCACCCCGCGGCGCCGGCUACACCUUCGGCCAAGACAUUUCGGAGACGUUCAAUCACGCAAAUGGCCUAACGUUGGUCUCAAGAGCCCAUCAGCUGGUGAUGGAGGGUUACAAUUGGUGCCACGAUCGCAACGUAGUGACGAUUUUCAGCGCACCCAACUACUGUUAUCGCUGUGGAAACCAGGCAGCCAUCAUGGAACUUGAUGACACAUUGAAAUACUCUUUCCUACAGUUUGACCCCGCCCCACGCAGAGGAGAGCCCCACGUCACUCGUCGCACUCCAGACUAUUUCUUGUAAAGUUGGCUGGCGAGGAUGGUGACGGACUACACACAAAAACAACAUUCAUAACCACAUGGACCAAAUAUAUGUGCCAUAAUCUACUCCAUCCAGCCAUAAUCUACUUUAAUCUUUUCAACCUUUUCCUCUCUGUGCAUGACAUUUUUAUUGCUAGAAUUAAACGCUACUAUGAGCAGUACAGUCACAAUACCUGCUGGUUUGUCAGGAAACAUGAAUAAUGACUAUAAGUAAAUAAUCUUUGUGUUAGGAUGUUACCUGAGUGUUUUCCAUAUAUGGUAUCUAAGAUGCAUCCUUCACUUGGCAUGGCCUCAAAUCAAAAGUUGCAGUAAAUAUAAUGUGAUCUCUUUUCUGUUUGUAGCCAAAGCGCCACCGUUAAUUUCGUGGGGUGAGGCAAUAGGGUUAGACGUCAGCGGUGAAUGUGUUUUCUUUCAACUUUUGUAUUUGAUUCUAUCACAUGGCACCGACAGACCGUGUUGUCUUUUAUACCCCGUUACAGUGUAAGUAGCUCCCUCUCUGCUCCGCUGUCUCUUCAGUUAGUCAGGCAAUAUUGGUACAAAUAUAUCAGUUGUGAAAAAUAAUGUUUUGCAGUUUACAGCUAUAUGGAAUAAACACAAUUGCAUCAUCGUCAUUCAUAUUCUUUAGGUGAACUUUGUGACAGUUUAUGGCCCACAGACCUCACGGCCCCCUCACUAUAUGGAAACAGACACCAGACACCCGUUAACGCUUAACUCUGACCAGAUAAUCAGUGUAGGACAUUUUAUUAUUACAAGUGUUCUGUGUGCAGUUUCAACACAUUAAAACGACAACACCGGUUGUUUAACUCUCAUUUUGCUUUUCUUUGGGUAUGUUUAAUGUUUGUAUUUAUUUAUUUAUUAAAUAAAUGAUUAAUGCGUUGUUUAUUUAAAA